CACAAGACGACAACGAGGACGCCAAUGAAAGGUAAGCACACAGGAGGAGCAAGAGAAUCCUCAGUGUUGAUGAAUUUAGCAGAAACUACAAGUAGUUUUUUUAGGAUAAAGAUGAACGAAGUGAUACCAAGCGGUCUGCUUUCUCCUUUCUCCAGCAGGGGCAAACAAAAUGGGUCUUACCGGCUCCAAGCAAGAGGAGUCGUCUGGCGAUCAGGAAUACACGACAAGCAACAGUUUCGUGCCUGCGGGUCGGCGUUCGCGUGACAGCAGGCGGUCUCUUCGCCGAGAGCAGCUCCAGAAAAGUUGUAAGCGCAAAACUAGCGGGGCCGUCGCUACUAGUGAUGCAUCCUUUGCGUCGAACGCGGAACGAAGCUCAACGAAUGCAGAUGGGGGUGUUGUUAGUGGAGCAAACAACACGACGUCGCCGUCCUCGUCACCACAGCGACGACGAACGAGUCGAACUAGAAUCGAGUCACCGCAUGCCGCAGGUGCUCCUUCAGCGGCAGUGCUUGUUCCCGAGAAUAGAACACCUCCUACUUCUUCUCACGAACAUAGCAGUACUAGAGUUGUAGUCGAGGAGUCGAACUCGAACGCGAGCUACGCGGUGAAAACUGAAGACGGUGUAGCUGGAGGCGAUGUGGCGCAUCAUCAAGAACAGCGGACAGAAGUCGAGUUCUCCGAUGAUCUUGAGGUUCUGUUUGAUCCAGAAGCGAGUGUUUCCGAGUACAGGCGGUUGCUUCUCGGUAGUUCCGGCGUUCCCUCCGACGGUUCAACGUCCCUCGGCCUCGGUGGCGCUCCGAGACUCAGCACUGCGAAGACCAAGUUUCACACUAGUUUUCAGGGCAAUGCUGGCGCGGAGUAUUUGGAGCCCGUCGACCGCGCCAAAGUCUUGAAAUUAAGGAUUUGAAUAUUGAUGUACGCAGACUGGUCUAUACAACUUUCAUCAAAAUCUAUGAAUUUCAUCUUUCUUUUCAUCAAUAUGUCAUCCACAUGAUGGAAACCCAGCGGCUCCAGAGUGCAUUGUUCCUCUGACUCAGGUCAAGGGGAGGGGCACAGCUGGUUCAUGAUCGAUAGUUUCAGCAGGGGAUCAAUAUCGAAGAUUCUCACAGAUUCACGCAACAGUAGGAACAAGCAGCUCUUCCUCUUACUAGUAUGUAAGAAACAAAAACUACGUACUGUCCAUCGCUACGAAAGUUGAUAUCGGGAACGGCCACAGGAUAUACCGCUAAUGAAAAGCCACAUGGGUCGGAUGGAAUACUUCAAGCGGUUGCCGGAUGUGGACCGUCGAUUGUCCGACAUUCGUUUGCGUCGAACGGAGAGUAGUCCACCCUACGAUACUAGCAGUAUCCUCGAGAUGCCUGACACUGAGGAGGACGCCGCCGCGCAAGGCGAGAGUGAGCGCCUAGAAGCAGAAGUUAAGACUCGCAAUUUCCACGUACAACCUUCCUUCUGGGAGUUCAUUUUAUCCAAAUGUUGUAAAUAUACGAUUCGCUUUCGCUUUUGCUGGUGAGAGUGAACAGCUCCUUCGUUCGGAUAUCGUUCUAUGACGCAAAUGAUCUAGUACGCGCAAUCUUAAUUUGUAAUUUCCUUCGUGUAGAACUAGCAUUAUUAUGACUCCGUGGGAGCGGCAUUAUACUCGCCUUAGCUCUAACAACUAGAUCCUGAAGGAGACGCUGUUGCGGCAUUUGGACAUUGAGGACGAGCUUGGUGAACAUCUCAUAUGGCGUGGCGGGAAUUGUAGUUACAUGAGGAAGGAAAACAAUAUGUGAACAAUGUGAUGUCGUACUCAACUAUGAUAUUAGGUGGCUUCAAAAGUAGACAAUAAUAGCUACACAAGAUGAGGCACCAUGGCAUGACAAGGAAAAACGACACUUGUUGAUGUCACAUUUACGUCCUGUACCUGUAGAAAUAUAUUGUAGAAAUCAGUGAAAAUAUUGACCUUGCGACCGUGAAUUACAAUGGGAAUGUCAAAAAUGCCUGUCCUCGUUGUGUUCUUCUAAUAUGCGGACGCGAAGAGGAGGAUGGGUUUUGUUACGAAAGUUUCCGGGAAGAGUCGGUCAAUUUCGCGGGUGUCGAGUCGCCCACUCUCAAGCAACAUCGGCAGGAUCUUGCAGCUGCUAUGUCGAACCAGGGGCAAGACGAAGUCGCCCAAAGUUAUGUGCACGAAAACAAAGGAGCAGUUGCUUACUUUUACUAGUUUGCACCUAUCAAUAGCAGGCAGGCGCCGUGUUGAACUUGAAAUAGUUGUAGGAUCUUUGGUCCGCUAUCGCACAGAGGACUCUAUUUCUCGAAGUACUCAGCCAAGCCUCUAACAAAAGGAGAAUGUCAUUCCAUCGAAUGAUGGGAGUGCUGCAAUCAACAAUUUGCCAAAAGAGCGAUUUGGGCAUUCGUCACUCGAUCCUGUUCUAGGAACUGAGAAACGGAGAAGCAGUGGCGAAAGUAGCCUUAAUCGCAGAAAAGAAGAGGUGCAGAGCUUGCUCAGUGCCGUGGAGGACAACCCCUCAUUGGCUUAUGUUUAAGGCUAGAUUGGGGAUGUGAAAUCUACACAGCACUUUCAAAUAGGCUGACAUGGCAAGAGACUGAUCGGCAACAACAUUUUUACAACUAGGUACAGCUCCAGUUUCAUUACUUACUUGUUUCACGAACUGCAAAUUUACAGAGGGAUGUGAUCAAGAAUGGAGACAAAGCAGUCAGUGCUCACUGUAGCAGUGACUUGAAAGGUCAUUAACGUCAUGAGAUGUGCAGAUUUUUUGCGUCUAAUCUGUGAAAACAUCCGGGACCACGAGUGGUAAGCGGCACAUUCAAGAUAGUGUGGAUUUGACCUUGCUUCGGAAGCGACAACGGACGCUUAACGUAUCUGCGGCCUCAAGUCCGUGUAUAUCAUGAAAAAGGCCUCACUUUUCGACAACGGUAGGCAUCAUACUAUCGAAUAUAAAAGAAGGAGUAAGAGAUGACGCAACAAAAUUAUCACGAAAGAGUAGAAAGAUGCAAAUGUUGUUUCUAUCGCGUAUGAGCCAAGUACAACCACGUCAAUGUCCGUUGAUAGAUAGUGUAUCAAAAAGCAGAAGUCUACCGGAUCGAUUUUUGUCAGGAUUUCUUUCACCAUGCUUGUACUACUUUUCGAUGAAUUAGAAUCAAUACUACAGAAGUUUGUUACAGAUGAAGUAACAAUAUGGUCGUCCUCGUCUUUCUCCACUGAGCAUCGGUCUUGUUGAUUCAGACCCUCCAUUAGGCAUCCCUAUGGUUCCUCAUUAGUACAACGAACAAAUUAUAUCUCUAUAUAUUUGUUGUUCUACUAAAUUAUUUAUGUUGCAGCAUGAUAGAUGGCAACUGCUACAACAUUAUUUUUAUAUAUUCGCGGAGAGGGCUAAAAACGGCAACACGACGUGUCGAAUUCGCGGAUUGGCGUUGGUGAGCAGCUCAGUGCUUCAAGAAAUUGUGUCUAUUUUGACCUCAAUAC